CAACGAGUAGUCGGUCGCUGUGAAGAACUAUUUUACUGUUCGAUGUCUACUGACCAUGAAAGGCUGACCAUGAAAAUUUGCGUUCACUAAUCACCGGAUAAGUGAAAAGCUCCGCAAAAGGGCAAACGAGUUUAACCGUGAGAGAGGCCUGAAACUAGAAGGACAUGGAACCUGCAGCGGCACCAGCACCUGCUUCUGCCCCAGUGGCAACGCCUGUGGCCCAUGCAGCAGCAGCUCCUCCUGUGCAAGUUGCUAGCCCCGUGGCAGUGGCUCCUGCAGCACCGUCGCCGGUCGUUGCAACACCAAUUCCUGCUGCUCCCCCCACUGCGAGUGUUCAGACAGUUACUGCUCCUCCUGCUGCUGCUCCCCCUCCUGCUGCUCCGGUUGCUGCUGCUCCUGCCCCGGUUGCUGCCACUCCCGUUGCUGCUGCUCCAACCCCGGUUGCUGCCACUGCAGUUCCUGCUGCCCCCGCUCCGGUUGCUGCCACUCCUGUCGCUGCUCCUGCAGCUGCAUCUCCUGCUGUUGCAACUCCCGUCGCUCCAGUGGCGCCACCUGUUGUUGCAGCUCCCGUCGCUCCAGUGGCCACUCCUAUUGCAGCAACAGCAGCUCCUGCUGCAGUGGCGUCAGAGCCUCCGGCUCCUGUAACUCCUGUGAUCGCUGCUCCUCCUGUUGCAGUUGCUCCUGUGAUCGCAACACCACCUGCUGCGGUUGCUGCGAUUCCGGUGGCAGUUGUUGAGACACCAGUCGCUGUUGCUCCUGUGAUCGCAACACUACCCGUUCCUGAGACUCCAGUUGCUGUUGCUCCUGUUAUCGCUGCAUCACCGGUUCUAGUCGCUGAAACACCAGUUAGUGUUGCUCCCGUGAUCGCUACACCACCAGUUGCUGCGACUCCAGUUGCUGUUGCUGCCGAACCUGUUGCUGUCGCAGAGACUCCAGUUCCUGCGACUCCUGUUGCUGUUGCUCCAGUCAUAGCUGCAUCACCAGUUGCAACCCCGGUGGCAGUUGUCGAAACACCGGUAGCUGUUGCUCCUGUAAUCGCUGCGACGCCAGUUGAUGUUGCUCCGGUCAUCGCUGCGUCACCAGUUGUUGUUGCGGAAGCUACUGUGGCUCCUGCUGCUGCUCCUGAGAUCGCAACCCCACCUGUUGCUGUUUCUGAAACUCCGGUUGCUGUUUCACAGUCUGAAGCGCCUCCUGUUGCUGCAACACCGACACCUGCACCAGAAGCCCCUGCCCCGAUUGCACCAACUGUGGAAUCUCCAGUUAUUGCAGCCCCUGCAGCAGAUAUUGCUCCUGUCGCUGCUCCAGUUAUCGUCGACACUCCUGUUGUCGUGGCCGCACCAACACCUGCAGCAGCAGAAGCGGCUGUCAUUGCACCACCAGCUGUUGUGGAGAUCGCAGUUGCUGCUCCUGUGGCUGUCACACCGGAAGUUGCUGUUCCUGAGACUCCUGCUAUCGAAGCUGCCACUGUUGCACCAGAACCAGUUGCUGUUGCACCACCAGAAGCUGAACCAGCUCCCGCUGCACCAGCGGCUGUUGCAAUUGAGAGUGCUCAGCCAGCUACAGUUCCAGAACCAGUUCCUCCAGAGCCAGCAGCUGCAACCGUUUCCGAGCCAGUUCCUCCAGAGCCAAUUGCUACACCAGUUCCCGAACCAGUUCCUCCAGAGCCAGCUGCCACAACAGUGGAAGCUCCAGCUCCAGUUCCGGAAACUCCUAUAGUCUCUGUGCCAUCGGUUGAAACACCUGCAGCUAUACCAGACACACCAUCCCCUGCACCAAUUCCACAAGUUUCAGCCGCAGUUCCAGAGCCGAUACCCACACCAGAACCAAUCGUUGUCACUCCUGUGGAUCCUUUACCAGUGGAGACUCCAGCUGCGAGCCAGGACCCACCAAUUGCCAAAGAGGAACCACCAGCAGAAGCACCAGUUUCUGUGGCAGCAGAGAUCCCACCAGAUCCACCAGUUGUUAAUGAAGAACCAACAGUUGCUCCUGUGACAGCAGAAGUUCCGCCGGAAACUGUUACAGAGGUUUCCGCUCCGGCCGAGGAUGCUGUUCCGAUCGCAGCUCCUACAACGACAUUGGAAGCAGAUACUACUACAAUCGCAGAAGCUUCACCUGCGUCUGAACUUGCAACACCUGAAGUUGAAGCCGUUGCUGCGGCCGUCGCCGAUCCCGUCGCACCUGCACCAAUUCCGGAACCAGCCGCGCCGAUCCCCGAACCAACGGUUCCUGAACCAACCGUUGCAGCUGCUGAACCAGAACCAGAAAAAGCGGAAGUCAGUGAGCAAACUGUUCCAGCAGCGGAAGAGAUUACUGUAUCUGAAGUAACAGAGACGGCUACAAAACCUGUAGAGGAUAUAGUUCAAGAGAGUACCAAUGUAAUUGACGAAGCAACUCCAACCACAACUGAGUCCGCAGUUAUAGUUUCUGGAGAAGUAUUGGAAAAACCUCCAGCAGAAGAAGUGGUUGCAGUAGAGUCUGGUCCUGAGGUUGUGGCCUCAGUAGUAGAAACUAUUGAAGCUCCAGCUGCAGUAGAAACCACCGAAACUUCGCCAGAACCAGUGAUUUCAGAAACACCUGUUGUUGCAGCUGAAGAGCCAACUGCAGAAUCAGUAGAAACUAUAACCAGUGGUGCGGCAGGUACUUCUGAAGAAAAACCAACAGAAGAGGUUCCCGCAGAUCCUAGUUCCGUUCCCGUGGCAAAGAUAACGCCCCUGCUGAGGGACCUUCAGACCACCGAUGUUUCGCUGUUGGCCAUCGCGGCCACUUUGGAUGCAAUUGGAGAAAAACUUAAGGACCAAAAGGCCAGAAACCAGCAGGUGAUGGACAGACUCUGCGAGAUCGAGAAAAUUCUUGGACCACCUAAAUCAAAUUAGCUUAAGCUGAAGGAAUAAUUCAUGGUAAUGUUAAACUAAAAUAUCAGUCGAAAAUAUAAAAAUUAACAUUGAAAUAAACUUAUCAGUUUAAAUUUCA